AUGGAGAACUUGCCGGAAACGCUAUAUGUCGAUCCAACCACUGGUGGAUCUUCUUCCUCCGCCGGAGUAGAAUCUGCAGUUGUCGAGCAUACCAGGAUAGAGCAGUGCAUAGACUUGCUUCACCAGCCUUCGAGGAGAGAAGAAGCCCUUGCUCUUCUAAACAAGGAACGAAGAAGUAAAGAGAUGGCGGUGCUAAUAUGGAAUUCUAAGAAUGUAUCCUUCUUCCUACUACAGGAAUUUUGCAAGGCGUACAAGUUGCUGUCCCCUCCUGCACUUGGUAUGAAAGAAGCAACGACAGUUUGCAAUGCAGUGGCCUUACUUCAGUCGAUGGCAUCUCAUCCAGACACAAAGAUGGGUAUUGUGAGAGCUAAAAUGCCUGUUUUCAUCUACCCUUUUAUGAACACUACUGAACAACGACUCAAACAUUUCGACUACUUACGUCUCACCAGUUUAGGUGUCAUCGGUGCCCUUGUGAAGGUGGAGGAUACCAACAGCCCAGAAAUCAUUCACUUUCUUCUUGAAACAGAAGUGAUUCCAUUGUGCCUUCGCUGCAUAGAAGUGGGAGGUGAACUGGCAAAAACGGUUGCAGCUUUUGUGGUUAGUAAGAUUCUAUUGUACGAAGAGGGGCAACAAUAUUGUGGCACAUUCCCAGAAAGGUUUUAUGCGGUUGCACAAGUCUUGAUCAAUGUUGUAGACCAGUUUACCAUAAAACCACCAUUGCAGUUGUUGAAACAUGUGUUAAACUGUUUCUUGCGACUAUCUGAAGUCUCUAGGUUAGUCGGGGCUUGUGAUGCUUUGGGCAAAUGCUACCCUGCCAAACUGAGAGAUCCUGGAUAUCUCAACUUCGCUUGUGAAGAUCCAUAUGUUCGAAGACUAGCUGACCAAGUGCUCCACAACGUGGCUGGCCAUAUAUAG